AUGGCUGGAUCCUCUCCCGAUCGAACACCGCAUGGUACCAAAGGAGCACCAGGAACACCCACAACUGGUUGCUCCAGUAUCUGCAAUCUUCCCCGAAUCGAGGAUUAUUGUUUGCAUGCUCGGGUGGUGGAGCCCCAGCGGAAUGGCACCGAAGCAGUGAUCGCCCUGGGAAAGCCGCACAAAGCCGCGUUUGGCCGAGUGCCGCACCCAGCUCCGGCGAGCUCGGUCUCUGACGGAGGGGCAACGGUCAGCACCGGCCUGCGACACUCAAAAUCCAUGAGCUUCUUUCCGUAA